CUGUAAGCAGCAUGUAGUGAAGGGUUGUGUUUGGAUUUAAAUUUUAGAAAUUGUUUUAAGUUUUAGGUUAUCCCGAAUGUGGAGUUAUAAAAUAUUUUGUAACAAAACGAAAAAUUAUUUUAUCCACAGAAAAAGACUGAAAACACUGUGACAAAGUCGCAAAAUUAGAAAAAGAAAAAUAGCAAGAUAAACAAGUUAGAAUAUAUAAAUUUUACUUCAAUUUGAAAUAAGAGCAGCAUGGCGAAAGUGAUAGACUCCCUGAAGAAAUUGAACGUUGGAAAUGAUUCGAAGCCGCACAAGAACAAUAAAGAAAGUAAGCUGUCUUUGUUCAAGGAAAAAACGAAUUCCAAAGAUGGAUAUAUCUAUCUUGUUUAUGGAACUCAAUGUGAUCAAGACUUCAAGCUUGCACAUGUAUCAUCAAAUGAUAAGAUCUCAAUAAAUUAUAUCAGCCAAGAUUCAAUUAGAUUAAUCCAUGAAAUAUCAUCCGAAGUAUCACCUGUUAUGGGAAUCAAGUUUAGUCCUGCCUCCAAAGAUAUAUUCUAUAGUGUUCAGAAUGGAGAAAUUAAAAUGUUUGAUUUGCGUGAGCAGAAUAAACUCGUGGGAGUGUUUAGAGAUGAUUCAUUUUCAAAUAACGAAAAGAAAACUAUGAUCAGCUUUGAUGUUAGUUAUGAUCAAAGACUCAUAGUUGGUGCAACCGAGUGUACAGGUGGAGAUUCAUUUAUUUUGUUUUGGGAUGUAAGAUAUAAUAAGUCGACAAAGGAACAUAAGAAUAAUCUUCUCGGUGGAUAUUGGGAGUCACAUAUGGAUGACAUUACUGACCUGAGUUUUAAUUCUGUCAGACACAAUGUUUUGGCAUCGGGUAGUACAGAUGGUCUGAUAAAUGUAUUUGACCUCACGCAGCCGUCAGAAGCUGAGGCUUUAAUGUACUCCUUAAAUACCAUGUCAUCAGUGGAUAAGCUGGGUUGGUCAGGCAACGACUCUUUGUGGUGUACGACGCAUACACAUGUGCUACAAUUAUGGAAUUGUGAAGAUGCUGGUGCCUAUGCGACAUUUGAACGUCGCAACUUAAUGAUACCGGAUGUCGAUGUUGAUUACAUCUAUUAUUAUAUAGUGAGAUACCAUGCCACAAAUGCACUUGGGAAACCUUUCUUACUAACAAAAUGCAGCGCAUUUGAAGAAAGUAAACUAUGGUGCUUGAGCAUCGCGGGUGAUCAUCUGGAAGUGAGUCACGAGAUCGUAGGGAAUAAGCAAGAAGUACGAGACAGUUGGAUGCAUGAAAAGAGUGGUACCUUGGUGACGGUCGGCGAGCAUGGCACCAUUAGCUUAUGGCGACAAAAGGAAUCUGCGGAAUAUCCAUCGAGCUGUGAAUCACUGGGUAAAAUUAUCGCCGAGAAAAAUCGACAACACAGAAGCAAACCGUACUUCAGAUCGUGCUGAGAAUGAAUAUUUGCAAGAGUGUGAGGCGUUUUUAUGAGUAAAUGAAAUUGAAGAUAAGAUAAAAGAGUCACACAACGUUUGAA